UCUUCCCAUCAAGGAAGCGAGCAGAUCUGUCAAUAAGAAACUUCUCAGCCUGACCGAGAAGAUAAGAGAACGGUUGCUCCCACCAGGACAUGACAGAGAGAAGGAAAGCGCCCCGCCUCAUCUGAAAAGAAAAUCAGACCUCGGACUUAUUUACUUUGGCGGGGGCGGAGCGACAAUUAUUGCGCACUCGCGAACUGCAGCUGCGCGGAAUCACAUUUCCGUUCCCGCCCCUAAGACGCUGCGGAGCAAUCUGUCAUGGCGGCCGGGCCGCUAAGUUUGUGUGCUCGCCGCCUUUUGGCGGCAGCUGCCACCCAGGGGCUUCCGGCUGCCCGUGUCCGUUGGGAAUCGGGCUCCUCCAGGGCUGUAGUCGCCCCGCCUACCAUGGCGGAGAAGCGGACUCGGGAACCGACCAUACGCUGGCAGGAGGACCCGGAUCCCGAGGACGAAAACCUCUACGAGAAGAACCCGGACUCCCACGGUUAUGACAAGGACCCUGUUGUGGACCUCUGGAACAUGCGGGUCGUCUUCUUCUUUGGCUUUUCCAUCGUCCUCGUCCUUGGCAGCACCUUUGUGGCUUACCUGCCUGACUACAGGAUGCGGGAGUGGACCCGCCGGGAAGCAGAGAGGCUUGUGAAGUACCGAGAAGCUAAUGGCCUCCCCAUCAUGGACUCCAACUGCUUCGACCCCAGCAAGAUCCAGCUGCCUGAGGAGGAGGAGUAACCAGUUGCUGAGUGGGGCUCAGGAAGUGCCUCCCUCUCCACCCCUCACCUACCAUCCUUCCCUCUCUUCUUAGAGCACCUAAUUAAAGGGGUUGAAAGUC